AGGGAGAGUUCGGACUCACAGGGGGCUCCUGGAAGGCAGGCUUGUCCCCUAGCUUUGCUAAAGGGACAAAAGAAACUUGUCUGUGGCUCUCUGGACAGGGCUGCAGGAAAGUGGGGAGGGGGGUUGAGCACUGCAAAAAGGUCCUCUCCCAGAGACACGGGGCCACAGUUUGAAUCACAGCCGUGAUCCUUCCAGGCCUCAGUUUCCUGCUCCGUAAAACAGGAGAGUUGGACUAAGGGAUCUCCAAGCCCAAGUCCAGCGUUAAAUCUUACGAUCAUCUUCCCACUCUUUCGCUCCCCAGCCUACGCCUCUCUCCUGUCUAUGAACCCAGGUUUCAGGAGGGGGGCAGCAAAUUUUUAACUAAGCUAUUGAUUAUUAACCGGAGGGAGAGAGCUCAGGCUUGACUCCAGGUCAGGGGCAGAGAGCCGCCAAGUUAAGACUUCCUAAGGAUAUGCUGGCAUCUCAAGUCUGGUCCUCUGCAAAGCUGGGGGCAAAAGGGCUAGGCAGAUGCCUGGUGCGGGGUCUGACAGGCUGGGCCUCUGGGGAGGGGAAGAAAGUGGACAUUGGGGGCAUCUACCCCCCAGUGACCACCCCAUUCACAGCCACUGCAGAGGUGGACUACGGCAAGCUGGAAGAGAAUCUGUACAAACUUGGCACCGUCCCCUUCCGAGGCUUUGUGGUACAGGGCUCCAAUGGUGAGUUCCCCUACCUGACGAGCAGUGAGCGGCUGGAGGUGGUGAGCCGAAUUCGACAGGUGAUGCCUAAAGACAAGCUCUUAAUAGCUGGCUCCGGCUGCGAGUCCACUCAAGCUACCGUGCAGAUGACUGUGAACAUGGCCCAGGUUGGAGCAGAUGCUGCCCUAGUGGUGACACCAUGCUACUAUCGAGGCAGGAUGUCCAGUGCAGCCCUGAUUCACCACUACACUAAGGUGGCUGAUCUGUCCCCAAUCCCGGUGGUGCUGUAUACUGUCCCAGCCAACACGGGACUAGACCUGCCUGUGGAUGCUGUGGUCACCUUAUCUCAGCAUCCCAACAUCGUGGGCAUUAAAGAGAGUGGAGGAGAUGUGACCCGAAUGGGCUUGAUCAUUCACAAAACCAAGAAGCAGGAUUUUCAGGUGUUGGCAGGAUCUGCUGGCUUCCUGAUGGCCAGUUAUGCCAUAGGAGCUGUUGGGGGUGUCUGUGCCUUGGCCAAUGUCCUGGGAGCACAGGUAUGCCAGCUGGAACGCCUCUGCCUCACUGGGCAGUGGGAAGAUGCCCAGGCUUUGCAGCAUCGCCUCAUCGAACCCAAUACUGCGGUAACCCGGCGCUUUGGGAUCCCGGGGCUAAAGAAAGCCAUGAACUGGUUUGGCUACUAUGGAGGUCCCUGUCGUGCCCCACUGAGUGAGCUAAGCCCAGCUGAAGAGGAGAUGCUGCGCCUGGACUUUACUAACAAUGGCUGGCUGUGAAAGGCUGGGAGGAGGGCAAGGCUGUCCCCAGCCAGGCCUCCACCUCCUACACCCAGUGGAGUAGAGGGGGAGAUAGGAUGCUGUUGCCCUUUACCCACUCCCAUUCUCCAGGCCCUCAGGAUAUGACUCAACUUUUCACAACCUGUUUUCCCAUCUGUGAAAUGGGGACAAAAACACCUACCUCACAGGGUUGUUGUGAGGAUCAGAAGAGAUAAUGUAUAUAAAGCAGCUUCACCAACCUUAAAACACCAUA